GGUAGGAAGAUGAUGUUUUUGCCCAGUGCCCACAUAGGCAUGUCACAGACCCCAGCCUGGCUCAGAGACUGCUCAUUGGUAUUGUGAUAUAAUGAUAUGGAAGGCCUGUGGGUCUUCCGAUACAGGAGGCUGCUGGUGCACUGUAUCUGCCCGGACUCCUUGCAGGGGAUAUUGGUUGAACUGAAGGACCUCAAGGUACUGAAUGAAGAGGAGAUCCAGCGCCUGCAGGACAUUUCAUAUCUCCCCAGCCAAGCAGAAGCCCUACUGGCGGCGUUGGAAGGGAAAGGCAAGAGUGGGGUUCAGGCACUUCAAAACUGUAUAGAGAACAGCUGCACCUCCCUGUACCUGCGAAUGCGUCACUAUGAUCCAUUGGUUCUGAAGCAUUUGGACAGCGUUGGCAGCAUAAACCAGCCCCCAUUGCUGACACAGCUGGAAUACUUGUGGCUGAUAGAGGGCCUCACAGACGCCCAGGUUCAGGAACAUGACUUUGUGCAGCUGGAGUUAGGGCAAGGAGGAAGGGGCACUCUCAAAAAGCUAUCUUUGGAGAAACUACUGAUGCCCCUAUCACGGGUCAGCCUGCCUCCUCGGCUCACCCUGACACUGGGAGUGGCAGGAGCUGGCAAAAGCACCCUAGUAAGACUUUUUGUUGAGAGGUGGGCCCGGAAGGAGUUGUGUUCCAACAUCUCAUGUGUACUUUCACUAGGGCUCUGGGAGCUGAAUGCCCACGACAGACUUUCUGCAGAGCGACUGGUUCAUCUAUGCUGUCCACGUUACCUUGUGUCCCCUCCUGGGGCCCUUCUGAUCUUGGAUGGACUGGAUGAAUUACGGGCACCUUUGGACUUUUCGGACUCUGUGGCUUGCACUGACCCCCAGAAGGAGCUCACACCUGAAUGUCUGAUCACUAAUAUACUUCGGGGAAACCUGCUGGCAGACUGUUCGGUGUGGGUGACCUCAAGGCCCGGUGCAGCUGCCAAGAUCCCUGGGGGUCUUAUUGAUCGUAUGACUGAAAUUCCAGGGCUGGGGGCAGGUGAAAUUAAAGUGUUUUUGAAACAGUUACUACCAGAACCCAAAGGAAUAGCUGAGCGGGUUUGGAGUCACCUGCAGGCCCAUCAUACCCUUAUAGCACUGUGCUCAGUGCCCACUUUGUGUCACAUAAUGGGGGUCUCUUUAGGAUUUCUGCUACACAGUCAAGAUCCCCCGCACACAACUCUACCACGAACACUGACUUCCAUAUUCUCAUGGUUUCUAAAAGCCUAUCUGGGUGAAAAGGAGGCUUCAGAGCAGACUGGAAGUGUGAGAAGGACAGUUGCCAAUUUGGGAAAGUUGGCUUUUCAGGGUCUACUACGGAAAAGGUCAGUUUUCUAUGAGUCGGACCUGAAAUCAUGUGGGAUUGAUACCCCGUUCCCCCCAGGCAGUCUCUGUGCCCGGCUGCUUCCAUGCCAACAUUCCCUCACAUGCCCAGGAUUUUCUUUCUCCCAUCUGUCACUUCAGGAGUUCUUGGCCGCCGCUCACUACCACUCUGCUGCUAAGCGUGCCAUCUUUGACCUAUUUGCUGAUGGGGGCAUGACUUGGCCCAAAUUGGGCUUCCUCAACCAUUAUAAGAGUGCCGUGCAGCGGACUCUUCAGGGAGAAGGAGUGCUGUUUACCAUCUUUCUGCGAUUCCUCUCUGGUUUACUGUCCCCUCAGGUGCAGAGGGUGCUGGCAGGUUGCCUCCUGGGAAAGGAGGAGCCAGGUGGGUACUGUGGACCAGCAGCAGACUACUUGCAGUACCAACUAAGCACAGAAAGGACGGUGUCUUGUGGAGCAGUAAACCUAGUGUGCUGUUUGCUGGAGCUGGGCCACACUGAACUUACAAGUGUUGUCGAGGAGGCACUAAAGAAUGGGACACUUGGGGGGAGGUUGAACCCACUGGGCUGUUGUGCCCUGGCAUACCUACUGAGAGCUUCAAACAUCUGUGCCCAGGAAGCCAAUCUGUCUCAAUGUCUGAGCUUCAACCUUGUGCAAAGACUUCUACCACAGUUACAGUAUUGUACCAACCUCAGGAUGGAGAACAAUGGCUUUCAAGAUGUGGUAAUGGAGCUUCUAGCCAGUAUCCUGCGUGCUAAGGACUGUGCCAUCCAGAGGAUCAGUUUGGCAGAGAACCGCUUAAGUAACCGUGGUGUAAAGGCAUUGGGGAGAGCGCUGAUGGUAAACCGCACACUUGCUGUGCUCGACCUCCACAGCAACAAUAUUGGACCCAGUGGCGCCAUGGCCCUGGCAGAAGUUCUGCGCAGCAAUCAAGUGUUACUCAGCUUGAACCUGCAGAACAAUCAGAUCAAAUCGGAAGGGGCACAGUUCCUUGCGCAGUCACUGCUAGCCAAUCGUAAGCUGAGGGCCCUGAACAUCCAGAAGAACAACAUUGGAGCGGAAGGUGUUGAGAGCCUUUCUGGGAGUUUGAAACAGAACCAGGUUCUGCAGGAGCUAUGGUUAUCAGGUAACAGUGUUGGUGACCGGGGGGCAGCAGCACUGGCCGAAGCUCUGAAGUCAAACUCUAAACUGAGCACCCUGGACCUACAAAGUAAUUCUAUCAGUGACCGUGGCCUGAGCUUGCUGACCAGCGGCCUGAGUCAGAACCGCAGCCUGAAGCACCUUAAUUUGAGGGAAAAUUCCAUCGGCAUUGAGGGAGCCCAGGCCUUGGCAGAAUCUCUCAGGAGAAACAGCACUUUACUGCAUUUGGACCUAACAGCCAAUCUGCUGCACGAUGAGGGCAUGGAGGCUCUGGCCAGAGCUCUGAGAGAGAACCAAAGCUUAGAGUCAUUACAUCUCCAGUGGAAUUUCUUACGUGUGGCAUCUGCCCGGUAUCUGGCUGCUGCUCUACGGGUGAACAAGGCUCUUCGCUGCUUAGACUUGCAGGAGAACGCGCUAGGAGAUGAAGGUGCGGCUGCGCUCUCGGACGCUCUGAAGGAAAACAACACCCUUUCAGCGCUCUAUCUGCAGGGAACAAUGAUAGGUGCUAGCGGCACCCAGUCCCUUGCCAAUGCACUGGCUGUCAAUAGAAGCUUGAAGACACUCGACCUACGCGGUAACAACAUCGGCCUGCGGGGAGCCAAAGCUUUGGCUGGAGCUUUAAAGAUUAACAACACUUUGCAGAGCCUCAAUCUGCAAGAAAACUCCAUUGUUCUGGACGGAGCCAUAUGCCUUGCUAACGCAGUGUCUGGGAACAGUUCUCUGACUUCACUCAGCUUGCAGGGCAACCAUAUUGGCCAAUCAGGAGCCAAGGUGAUUUCCGACACCAUCAAGAAUAGCGCUCCGCACUGCAAGGUGGACAUUUAGAUCAAUGCAAUCCACAGGCGAGCAAAAGUAAACUGCCCCAUUGUAAUACAGGACAAAAGGUUACCUUCAAUGACAGAAUGGAGGUGAUCUACAUGGCUGGUGGGAGUUUGAAAAGGACCAAUGGAUUGCAUGUUAUUAAGGGGGGAGUCCAUCUAGAAGAGUCUAAUAAAGAUUGUAAUGAGUCCAAAUAGGCAACCAAUGGCAGUUUCUUGAAAUAAAACAUUCAACGGAGCAUUGAUUGGAGGAGAAGGAAUUCCCCCCACUUGCGUAGAGAAACCAUGAUGAUUGUGCCCAGCUCGGUGCUGCUGAGGAGCCUGAGCAGACAAGAACAUAACUGUGGCCGUCACUGACUGUCAAGUCAAACUCCUUAAGACACAAACGUCUUAAGAACGCCACGUUUUAUACCUGUCCAGUGGAUACAGUUAAUUUGGAGCAUUAUUACAGUAUCCAGUUGGGCCCCACACUGACAUACUGGGUAAAUACAGAAGUGGUCUGAAUACAGAUGAUUUUUUUAACCAUCCAGGACCUAUAAUUAACUUAUUUGUAAAACCAGUUGGCCAAAGUUGUGACACUGCGCUCUUCUCUUGCCUGUCAGUACAACAGUGUAAGUACUUGGAAUGCAAGCUGCAUCAACUGUGAGAUUGUUAUUGACACCGGAACGGAUGAUGUUCUUUAUCACAAUCCCACAAGCUGUUUCAUUAAUAAAGGACUGUAAAUAUAUAUAUACAUACAUACAUAUAGGUGCCAUCAGAACCCAUCAUACAGUAUAUGGGCAAAAGUAUCUGGACGCCUGCCUCUUCAACAUCUCAUUCUCAAACCAAGAUGAUCAACAUGGGGUUGGACAUCCCAUUGCUGCUAUAACAUCCUCUACUUUUCUGGGAAGGUUCCACAAGAUGUUGGGAAAUUGACGGUUAAAUUUGGGUCCAUACAGCCCCUGCGAGGUUGGGAACUGAUUUUGGGUGUCAGGGUGUGAUCAUUGUCAGUGUUUUUGUUUAUCCCACAAGUGUUCAGUUGGGUUGAGGGCUCAGUGCAGGCCAAUCAGGUUCUUUCGACCAACUCUUUAUCGCUCUGACUGGGGGCCUGGGGGCUGUAUUGUGCUGGAACAUAAGAGAGAUUUCCCCGAUGUAUUUGCCCUGCUCUGGAGUGCCUGGCAGUGACCAGGGCCACCAUCGGGGGUAAGUCAUGGGUUACUGCAGUCAAGGGCUCAGGGAUGGAAAAAGAGUGAUUUUCAUUCUUCAACAGAGGCAGGGCUUGCAGGGGAGUGGGCAGUUUGGGAGGACUGUAGAGCUUUGGUGUAAUUUGUUAGAGACCAGGGUAGAUCAGGGGUGUAGUCAUGAAUGUAAGUGGCAUUUUUUUUUAAACAGAAUCACCAUUUUACUUGCUGGCAGGACUCACCACCUAGAGGGCCAAGCUGACCAAUAACUGGGGCCCCAGCUGAAUUAGAAGAAUGUGGCCCAAUGAUUACUGGUGGCAGCCCUGUUAGUAAGCUAAUGUUGGUUUGUUUGCUCUGAUCAUCUAUAAAACCCCCCAUGUUUCCUACAAAUAGUUCUUCUGCUGAUGUUGCUUCCAGAAAUUCUGAGACAGAGUGUCCGGAUACUUUUGCCUGUAUAGUGUCUUUGGCUUGGGACAAUUCCAGAACAGCAAACAGAUCUGAUCAUCUGUCUGAUGGAGGAAGAGUGCACUUAGUGAAAGGCUUCUGUUCCAAUAUCCAUUCAUUUAUUUAUUUAACAAUAGAAAUAAACAGCAAGUUUAACAAAACUGGAUAUACUACCUGCAACAUAAAAAUCUAUAGAGUUCAAAAGUCAAACUUUGUCACGUCUGCAAGAAUAGCAACAAUAAAAGAUGCUGAUUACGGAAAUGGAACUGCCAAACAGCUUGAAAGAUCCAUUUGGUUUUUAUAUUGGGGGUUACUGUCCAAUUAAAAGCCUCAGUUCUAUUAGAGAGAGACAUGCAGAGCCAGCAGGCCCAGACUGGCAAUCUGUUGGCAAAUGCCAGAGGGGCUGCUGUAAGAUGCCAUAGACAGUCACUAUUUAUUGGGCUGGGGCUGUUUGGGGCUCGAAAUGCCAGGGCCUAUUUGGAAUCUCAGUGCAGACCUGAGAGCCUGUAAUGUAGUGUUUUAGCUCUGUAUCUGGGAAGUAUAACGGUAUAAAUGCACAGGAGGAUUAAAAUUGUGUUUCUCGCCAAUCAAGUGCUUUGAUUCUUUAACGUAUUCCCUAAAAUCAUAUGUUGAUUCGGUGCUGGCCCCCUGCUGCAGGGCAUGUGACAUAAACAUAGGCGGGGCAAGGUUUCUUACCAGGCCCCUUCUCUCCUGGACCCCAACAUGGGGGCUGCUGCCUGUUACAUCUUUGAACAGAAUCUAGACGUCUAUAUAAAGAAUUUAUCUUAAAAGUAACCUUCUACAUGAUACAGACAACAGUAUUUGAAUUAGUCUCCAUUUUCUAUUUUGUAAUUAUUUACAGUUAUGGUUGUUCUGCCGCUCUCUGCCUUGGGGCUUAAUUGCCCUAGCAACCAUGCAGGAGUUUGAAAGAUGAGUAACUUAAAUAACAAUAAAAAAAAA